AGAUGCUUCGCCUUCAGGCACACUGUGAGGAGCGGUUCGCGCAUGUGCGAGAGCGAGACGGAGCUUUUUGUCCCAAGGCCUUCCCGUACCGUCCAGGAGGCGAGUGGCCUCCUGGUUCGGGGGUAUAUUUGUUGUGUGUCAGUUCUCCGGUCUCCGACAGCUGUCGCCACUACGGACAUGAACCGCGAGCUCUUCGCGGCGGGCGAGCGGCUGGUGUCGCCGGCUUACGUGCGGCAGGGCUGUGAGGCCCGCCGCUCGCACGAGCACCUCAUGCGGCUGCUUCUGGAGAAGGGCAAGUGUCCAGAGGAUGGUUGGGAUGAAAGUACACUUGAACUCUUUUUACAUGAACUUGCAAUUAUGGACAGCAACAAUUUCCUGGGCAACUGUGGUGUGGGAGAAAGGGAAGGAAGGGUGGCAUCUGCAUUAGUUGCUCGGCGACAUUACAGGUUCAUUCAUGGAAUUGGACGAUCAGGUGAUAUUUCCGCUGUGCAACCCAAAGCUGCAGGUUCUAGCCUUUUGAACAAAAUUACCAAUUCUUUGGUCCUGGACGUCAUAAAAUUGGCUGGUGUCUAUACAGUGACCAGCUGCUUUGUAGUUCCAAUGGCAACUGGUAUGAGUCUAACCCUGUGUUUCUUAACAUUGCGACACAGAAGACCAAAGGCAAAGUAUAUUAUAUGGCCGCGAAUAGACCAGAAGUCUUGCUUUAAAUCCAUGAUCACUGCAGGUUUUGAGCCUGUGGUGAUAGAGAACAUUUUAGAAGGUGACGAGCUGCGCACAGACCUGAAAGCAGUGGAGGCUAAAGUCCAGGAACUUGGGCCUGAUCACAUUCUGUGUGUUCAUUCUACCACGUCCUGUUUUGCUCCAAGGGUGCCUGAUAGGUUAGAAGAACUGGCUGUGAUUUGUGCUAAGUACGGCAUUCCACAUAUAGUCAACAAUGCCUAUGGAGUGCAAUCUUCAAAGUGCAUGCACCUCAUUCAGCAGGGAGCUCGUGUUGGUAGAAUAGAUGCUUUUGUUCAGAGCUUGGACAAAAAUUUUAUGGUUCCAGUAGGUGGUGCUAUAAUUGCUGGCUUUAAUGAUUCCUUCAUUCAGGAAAUCAGCAAGAUGUAUCCAGGAAGAGCUUCAGCUUCACCUUCUUUAGAUGUCCUUAUUACUUUAUUAUCACUUGGAUCAAAUGGCUACAAGAAGCUAUUAAAAGAAAGAAAGGAAAUGUUUUCCUAUUUGUCCAACCAACUAAAGAAACUGUCGGAAGCUUACAAUGAAAGACUUUUGCAUACACCUCACAAUCCCAUAUCUUUAGCGAUGACACUUAAAACCCUGGAUAAACGGUGCAGCAAAGCUGUCACUCAGCUUGGCUCCAUGCUUUUUACAAGACAGGUUUCUGGAGCCAGGGUUGUUCCUCUUGGGUCUAUGCAGACUGUGAGUGGCUACACUUUCAGGGGCUUUAUGUCACAUACAAAUAAUUACCCUUGUGCUUACCUCAAUGCUGCGUCAGCCAUCGGAAUGAAGACACAGGACGUGGACUUGUUCAUAAAGAGACUUGACAAGUGUUUAAAGACAGUCAGAAAAGAACAAAAUAAAGAGAGUGACAUAUCUGGAGUUGACAAUAAUGACAAAACUGAAGAUGUGGAUAUAGAAGAAAUGGCUUUAAAACUAGAUAAUGUAUGUCUUGACACAUGCCAGGAUUCUUUUUGAUGACAUGUGAAGGGUUUCUUUUUGAUGAUUUGAAAGGAGUGAGGAGGCUACAGUAUAAGCUAGCAGUUUAAAGACAAAAUGUAAGAUUUUUGAAUUGAGGAUUUCAUGGAGAAUAUUUGGUCAAGGAAUAGACUAUGGUCUGAGCUGGCCAUUGAUGAUUGUUACACUUGUUGUUUCUAGACUGCUUCAGUCAUUACCAUCCUCAACAGGUCAUAAUGUACAAUUAACAUUUUUCUAAUUGUUAAACAUUUGCCAAUUAAGCAUUAUGAUUCAGAUAAUUCUUACUAAUAUGUUGAUAGUAAAAUUACACAUGACCUCUGAUUCUCUUUGAAAUGUGUAGACUGCGUUCCUCUGACCAUUCUCUUAUCAUUCACAAAUUACUUAGUUUCUGACCACACAGAAUUUAGAAAGAUCACUAGUGCUACUGUUCAUUAGAUGUUUGUCGAUGUGUGUAAGUCACGGUAUGCCUGUAAAAUGGAUAUUUCCCAGGAAAGCAGAGUCAACGAGUAAGCUUUAAUUUUCACUCAACAGAAAUGGAUCUCAACUUCAAGAUGAUUUGCUUAUAUCUAAGAAACAUCUGGGGAUCUUUUUGAUUGUCAAAGCUAGCAGAAUACUAUUGAUAUCCAGUUAGUGGAGGCCAGGCGUGUAGUUCAGCAUCCUACAAUGGGCAAGACAACUUCCCCAAACAAAGAUUUAUCCAGCCCCAAACCUCACUAGAGCUAUGGUUGAGAAACACUGCUCUCAAUUCUCUCAUAGCUCAGUCAGUAAAGAAUCUGCCUGUGACGCAGGAGACCCGGAUUCGAUUCCUGGAUGGGCAAGAUCCCCUGGAGAAGGAAAUGGCAACCCACUCCAAUAUUCUUGCUUGGAGAAUCCCAUGGGCGGAGGAGCCUGGAGGCUGUAGUCCAUAGGGUUGCGAGAGUUGGACGUGACUUAGCGACUAAACCACCACAAAGUAAGAGAACUCCUAAGUAAAGAGAAGUUUUCCAUAGCAACUUUACUUAUUCACCAGUAACUUAAUAGAAAGUAGCUCUGUAAAUGUUAAUGAACUACACAGUGUGCAGAUUAUUAACUGAUGACUGAGGUUACCUCUUCUAAGUAUAUAAUUAUAAAUUGUUAAUACAGCAUAUGUGCAUUUUUCCAUUUGGGAAAGUGAAAACUGUUUCAGUGUUUUUUGCCUCAAGCAGUCUUGGUUAGCUUGUUCAGGUGUUUUGUACAGCCAUCAUCAAGAGUGGUUAACAUGGGGAUUCUGAACAUAUUUUUGCUGGGGAGGUGAAAAUGAUGGAGUAUGAUGAACAGGUGUAUUCCCUACCCAUUGCCCAUAUGCUUCCUUUCUGAGUCUGAAAUUCUAGACUUACUGGCUAUAUCUGUUAUUUUUGGUGUUAAUUUUAAGACUGAUAGUCUAAGGAAUUAGUGAAGCUCCUGAAUGCAUCAAAGUUUCAAAACAGUAUUUGUUAAGACUUGCCCUGUGGAGCAUUUAUUCCUAAGAGAUGCUCAAGGGUAUGAAGGGUUCCAUGAGCAAAUAAGUUGGGAACUUUGCAAAACCUGCCUAUUGGCAUAUUAGAGGCUCUAAGAAACUCUUCUAUUUGAGUUUGAAUAUAUCCUUAUCUAAAGAUGGAACCUGUUUUUUAAAUUAAAUACUUACUGGCAUCCCAUUGAAUGUAUUUUUGAAAACACUACAGUCGAGAAUGCCACUUUUCUCUCUGGAUUGUGUUUUUCCCCAUUGGUUUGGUAUUGUAGACUGUGUUAAAUGAGCUCAGAUUGCUGCCACUCCCACUGGUAAGUUAGAAUAUUUUAUUGCCAACUUAGGAAGUCCACUGUUGAGAUAAGUACUUAAUUACAACUAUCAUAGAAGGUUGCUUUGAAGUUUUUGUAUCUAUGGGGUUCAGAUAUUUGAAGUGUCUGGGUUCUUUAAAUACUUCUUUCAAAGGAGUAAAUCCUGGAUUAAAAAGUUGUAUAAUGUUUUUAAUGUGAAUUUGGGGCUGAAUCGAAGAAUUAGUAAAGGUGAAGAGUUGCUGUAGACCCUCUCCAGUCUGUGAAGGGAAGUGAAGUGACGUUGUGGAUGUUUGCUGGUGUUGCAGUAUACUGUCCACAUAAGCCAAGAUCAUUUCAUAGAACGAGUGAUCUAUUUUAUGUGAUCAUCAUUUAACUUAAGAAAGGCCGGAGUCGAGAGACCUGCAAAUGUUUUCUCAUCUGUGGUGUAUCAGCAGUUCUGGGGCUACAGCUGCUGGAUAGAUAAUAAUUCUAAUUGAAAAUAAUUUACACCAACCCACAUGUGAAUGAUAGCUAUGUUAUAACAUUCCAUUCCUGGUGCAUAAAAUCAGCUGCAGCUUUUACUGUUAGCCUUUUCUUUUCAGAGAUUUUAGAAUUCCAACUCUAUUCCUGCUGGUUUCAAUUUGACCUUGAGGUUGUAGAAGUCAAGAAUUUUUGAAGAGAUAUUACAGGUUCUGCAUAUUUAGGCUUUCCUUUGCCCCCACGCCAGUGUCCUUUGACUUGCUAUCUCUCCUUUCCAUGUACAUACAAGUUAUUUAUUUUAAUCUCCUAGUAAUGAUUGGUAAGCCUCAUAAUUGGCUUUAGUUAUCGUCUCACUGGGGCAAAGGGCCAACCGAUGAUAUCUUUUGCAAUCAGUGGCUAAGAUGAUCUCUUCUGUCUUUGUGAUCCAGCUGCCCUUAUUAAGACUAUCAGGUAGAGUUUUUGAGUUUAGUUUUUAAAGUCAUUGGGCUGUGUGGUAGUCUGCCCGGAAAAGAAAAUUGAAUAAUGUGAAAUAUUCUUUAGGUCACUACACCCAAUGUGUUACUUACUAUACACAGAGCAGGAAAGGGUAUUUUCAAUCCAAUUCUCAUUUUGGCUCUUAAGUUCUCUGCUGACAAAUUCUCCCUCUAUCAGGGAAUGAUAUGUGAUACUAGCCUUAGGAACUCUGUGUUCAACUAUAAAUGUUUUUAUUUAGUUUUUUGCGUUAGUUGAUGAGUUGAUCAAAUGUGAAUUAUUGAAUACAGUUAUGUUCCGUCAGUGGGCACUUGAUAUACAGAAUGAUAACUUUAAAUAUAAAUUGAGUUUUUUUUCCUGAUAUUUUGCUCUAGCACAUACCUCUGUUGUAGUUCUGCUUCUUUAAGCACUAUAGUAAGUACUGUCAUGAGGUCUAAGCUAUAGUCUGUGCCUUUGGUUUUAGACUAGACGGCCAUGGUAGGUCUUAGUAAAAUUAAACAGAGAUAAUUUGUUCAACCAGUGAUGUUACUUUAAUAUUGAAUUAGUAGCUCAUCCUAAGUUAUAUUCUUGUCUUCUUUAGUAGAGGAAAAAUCCAACAACUGACAGGUAUGGCAAACCCUGAUGAGUCCCAUUCAGGGAAACUGUUUUGAAUACGCACACACUUGGUGCAUACAGAAUUGGGCUUUCUUUCCCUGCUGUCUGAAAUGUGCUCAUUUCUGCCAAGCCCUCCAUUGCUUUUGUGCUUUGCAUUCAUGAGGCCAAUCUCGUUUUGAAACUAAGUUUGUGUACGUAGAAGUUUAAUUAUUUUAGAGGCUUGAUACCCUCUGGAUAAUUUGAUGAAACAACUGAAUAUGCUGUUAACAUCUUUUUUAAAUUGCUGUAAGUAGUUUUUUCUUGUCUGUCACAUUGGGUUGAUUACUGGUCUCUCUUGGCCACUCAGUAUACAGGUCUCAGACGUCCCCACUGUGUUCUUCUGUGCCUUCCUUUUUACUUUCAUGCUCUUCUUGGUCAUUAUGGUAUGUACACAUGUAAGAUGAUGAGUUCAAGGCUGAUGACUAUAUCUUUAUAAUUUUCCACCUAAUAUUUUAAAGUUCAAUCUAAGGCCUUAAGCAAAAUCUGAGAUAUUAUUUAUAUGGUCUUAUUUUUAUGAAGUGAUAUUGGUGUCAACUUUAACUUGUAGAGAACUGUGAAGAAAGGCUGUGUUUAAAUGUAUAGUUGUGAGGGAUUUUAGCUAUUAGAAUUGAAGCCUGCUAACUUAUAUGUUUUACUAAAAGAGAAAGACAUUUCCAAAAAUAUUUUUGGUGUAGACUAUUUAAAAAUAAGACUGAAUUGUAUAAUUUAUUAUAAAAUAAAUUUUUAAUAAAUCAUGGCAGUGCAUUAUAUUAUUUUACCUAAUCAUUGCUACAGAUAAAAUCUGAAAGUGCAGAUAACUAACAUUAAAUUACUUGCACAUGUUUUCAUUUAGUCAUCAGUAUUAACUUGCUCAGAAAUCAGCAAGGAAAGUCAUACUUUGUAAUGAGACUCAUGAUUCACGGGGAUGGAGGUUAGAUUAUUUUUUUUUUUUAAAAGAGGAAGGAGAAGAGAAUCUUCUAGCAGCCAUUUCACAAAGCUCUGUUGACUGUAGAACAUUGGAGGCUUAGAAGUAUUUAAAAAGAAACAUGUUAAUUAAAAAUAAAAUGGUAGUACUUUCUUCUUCAGCCGACUUCAUUUUUAAAUUGUACUAUUUGAUUUUUGCAGGUUCUCAUUUGAUUUUUAAUUAAAUCUUUGCACUGGUACUUAUUAACCCACGUGAAUUCACAUUUAACCUCUCUGAAUCUCAGUCUCAUCCUAUGUUAAGUGGGUACAAUCCUUUAGGAUUGAGGGUUUAAAUGAGAUAUAAAGUGAUUAACUCAAUACUUGAAACAUAGCACUUGCUGUUAAUAACUGCUACGAUAGUCUGCAUAAAGCUAUAAUGUACCAAUUUUUACUAGAUUUAAAUUAAAUUUUAAAAAUUAAAUGAAAAUCUAUUUCUAAGCUUAUUAGGUGGAUUUUUUUUUUUUUCCCAGCCACACCAUGUGGCUUGUGGGAUCUUAGUUCCCUGAUCAGAGGAACCUUGGCCAUGGCAGUGAAAACACCAACUCCUAAACAUAGGAACCCACCAGGGAAUUCCCAGCAAAAUUAUUUUUGAGAGAGAGUCAUCAAUGAAAUUUUGUUCAUCUCCAGUGGAAAUUGCAAAGUAUUAGUUGAUUUUUGAUGACUAUCUUUUUUCUUUUUCCAGAAUUUUUCUAUUUAAAUUUUUGUGAAUUUUUGUUUUGUGUUUAUAUCUGAGAGUUUUUUUUUAAAGAAACAUUUAAAUAUGCAUCAAUAAUUUUAUGUGCCUGAAGUUUCAGAUCACAACCCAGCAAAAAUGUAUAGAGAAAGUUCAUUUACUAUGAUGUCUGCAUCCAUUGUAUUAUCUGACCAAAGUUUUUGGUGUAGUCAGCAGACCUACUAGCACAGCAGUUUGCUAUAUUUACCCCUAUUCUGUCGUGUCCGACUCUUUGUGAGCCCAUGGACUGUAGCCCACCAGGCUCCUCCGUCCAUGGAAUUUUCCAGGCAAGAAUACUGGAGUGGGUUGCCAUUUCCUUCUCCAGGGGAUCUUCCCAACCCAGGGAUCGAACCCAGGUCUCCCGCAUUGCAGGCAGGCACUUUAACCUCUGAGCCACCAGGGAAGCCCAACUUUAUAGUAGAAUGACCAAAUAUGGUUCUCAAGUUUACAUCUUUAGCAGACCUCUUUCUUGAACUCCACACCUUUGAAUUCUCCUCUUUCCCUUUUUUUCCCACAUCCUACAUCUAAUUCAUCAAGAAACAUUGUUGGAGCUACCUUAAAAAGUUAUCUAGGAUCAAACCGCUUCUUACCUCCUCCUCUCUUAUUGGCCAGGUCUCGACUAUCAGUGUCUCCUGUCUGAAUUAUUUCAGUACUUCCCUCCCACCCCUGAAAGUCUCCCUGCUCUCUCACCGUGCCCCGUUACCCCAGCCGGGGUGAUCCUUUCGAGACGUGCAGUCACUCGUCUGCUCAAACUCCUCAUGUCAUCAGUGUAAGUCAUGGUCCUUGUUGUGCCCCCAAAGGCCCAGCAGCAUCUGGCCACCCUACUCCCACCCCCUUUAUCUCCCUGACUUCCUUUAUCUCUCUUUUCUUUCUACUCUUCACCCUUGCCCCUUCCAGCCGAACUGGCUAUCUUGCUGUUCCUCAAACACUGGGCACACUUUGCCUCAGAGCCUUGGUUCCAGCUGCUUCCUCUGCCAGGGAACAGCUCAACCCAGAUGCUUGGCUCGUUCACCUUUUCAUGUUUUUAAUCAAGUUUUCCUUCCUGAUGAGGUCUACCUAGACGACUCCGCUCAAUACUGGUAGCUAUCUCCCCCACUUUAACAUUGCUUAAAAUUUUUCUUAAAAUUGAAAGUGGAGCCUCAAUUUUUUUGUGCUUAAAAGUGGGCUUCUUGUUAAAAUGCAAAUUUGAAUUCAGUAGACCUGGGGUGAGGCCGGCAUUUGUAGCAAACCCACAGGCGAUAACAGAUACCGACCUGUGAUACUGGCCCAGGGACCACACUGAAGAGCAAAGAUACAACAUAUUAUGUAAUUUAACUGUUUAUUAUGUACAGUUGUUUAUCUCUAUCCCUCUGGCUAGAACAUAAGCUACUUCAGGGCAGGGUCUUUGUCCCCUCACAUAUACCCAAGUAACCUAAAUGGCACCUGGCACAUGAGACAGUGUAUUUGUUGUAUGAGUGAUUCAGUAGGCGUUAUUAAAUAUAUUUUAACUAUGAAUGAAAUCCUAUCAUG